AUGGACAAGUUCCGGAUGAUCUUCCAGUUCCUGCAGUCCAACCAAGAGUCAUUCAUGAACGGCAUCUGUGGCAUCAUGGCACUGGCCAGCGCCCAGAUAUACUCAGCCUUUGAUUUCAACUGCCCCUGCUUGCCGGGCUACAAUGCGGCCUACAGCGCAGGCAUCCUGCUGGCGCCCCCGCUGGUGCUCUUCCUGCUCGGCCUGGUCCUGAACAACAAUGUGUCCAUGCUGGCUGAGGAGUGGAAGCGGCCCCUGGGCCGCCGGGCCAAGGACCCUGCUGUCCUGCGCUACAUGUUCUGCUCCAUGGCACAGCGUGCCCUCAUCGCCCCGGUCGUCUGGGUGGCCGUCACCCUGCUGGACGGCAAGUGCUUCCUCUGUGCCUUCUGCACCACUGUGCCUGUGGCUGCACUGGGCAAUGGCAGUGUGGUGCCCACACUACCUGCCCCUGAGCUCGCCCGCCUGCUGGCCCGGGUGCCCUGCCCUGAGAUCUACGAUGGCGGCUGGCUGCUGGCCCGAGAGGUGGCUGUGCGCUACCUACGCUGCAUCUCCCAGGCGCUGGGGUGGUCCUUCGUGCUGCUGACCACGCUGCUAGCCUUCGUGGUGCGCUCUGUGCGGCCCUGCUUCACGCAGGCUGCUUUCCUCAAAAGCAAGUACUGGUCCCACUACAUCGACAUCGAGCGCAAGCUCUUCGAUGAGACAUGCACUGAGCACGCCAAGGCCUUCGCCAAGGUCUGCAUCCAGCAGUUCUUUGAGGCCAUGAGCCACGACCUGGAACUAGGACACGCCCAUGGGGCACUGGCCACCACCACGGUGGCCUCCACUACCCCCAGCCCCACCGAUGGCACCUCGGAGGAGAGGGACAAGCUUCGUGGUAUCACUGACCAGGGCACUAUGAACAAGCUGCUCACAAGCUGGCACAAGUGCAGACCUCCCCUGCACCUGGGCCAGGAGCAGCCGCUACUGGGCAAUGGCUGGGCAGGAACUGGGCCUCAGGCACCCCGCAGGGAGGUGGCCACCUACCUCAGCAAGGUGUAG